AGGACAAGGCAGUCGACGAGAUCUGCCAGGUGAUCACGGAGAAGCCCCCCAACAUCAAGUUCAACCCCGACUGCAAGACAGACGUCGAGGCCGUCUGGGACGCGGCGGUGGCCAAGUGCCUGCAGGCCCAGCUGACGCUGCCGAGCCUGGCGGACAUGGAGAAGCUCAUUUGCGAAGCCGCGUCGCAGAAGCAGGUCGAGGACAAGGCCGUUGACGAGAUCUGCCAGGUGAUCACGGAGAAGCCCCCCAACAUCAAGUUCAACCCCGACUGCAAGACAGACGUCGAGGCCGUCUGGGACGCGGCGGUGGCCAAGUGCCCGCAGGCGCAGCUGACGCUGCCGAGCCCGGUGGACAUCGAGAAGCGCAUCUGCGAAGCCGCGUCGCAAAAGCAGGUCGAGGACAAGGCCGUUGACGAGAUCUGCCAGGUGAUCACGGAGAAGACCCCCAACAUCAAGUUCAACCCCGACUGCAAGACAGACGUCGAGG